AUCCCUCUUGCUUCCUAGUUGGAACUCAACGCUGUGUCUGCUACCCCAGAACCAGAUAGAACCCUAAUCAAUUGCUGAAUCCUUAGAAACAAUUAAAGCGGAUUGGUGGGUCUGAAUUCUUCCAUGGCGAGCAGUAAUGGAGGAGACGAGCAAUUGAAGAGACUGGCGGAGCUGAGCAAAAACCUAAAGGAAGGAGAGAGAAUUCUAGCUCCCACACGCCGACCCGAUGGCACCCUCAGAAAACCCAUCAAGAUUCGGGCCGGGUACACUCCCCAGGAGGAAGUCGCCAUUUACCAGUCCAAAGGUGCCCUGUGGAGAAAGGAAAUGGAGUCCCAAGUGGUGCCUCCGGGAUAUGAUUCACCUAUGGAUACAAAGCCCAAGACUAAGUCAGCAAAGAGAAAUGAAAGAAAGAAGGAGAAGCGGCAACAGGCUGCUCUUGAAAAGGUUAUGAACUUGGACGCAACGGCAGUUGAAGAGACAAAAACAGAAGAUUCAGAGCAGGGGUCAGAAUCCAUUAAAAUGUUGACAUCUGAGAUGACUGAGCUUGCGGUUUCUUCAAACCCUAUUAUAUCUGCCCCUCCAUCAAACCCAAUUGAGGCUUCAGAUGCUGGGGUGCCAGUUCAAGACAUUGAUAAGAAACUUCGGGCACUAAAGAAGAAGAUUCGACUUGCUGAAGCUCAACAGCAGAAAACUCCCCAGCAAGAUAUGAAGCCAGAACAGUUGGAAAAGUUGGCAAAACUGGAAGGCUGGCUCGAGGAGCUAAAGCUUUUGGAGGAUCAAAAGGCUGAACUGUCAGAAUCGUGAAAUUUGGUUCUUGUCAUUGUGAGCAAACUCUGUAGUUUCCAUUUAAGGUUUGAAUGACAUGCAAAAACUGCAUUGUGGAACCAGAGAUUGAUCUAUCCAGAUUUCAUUCUGAACAAUGUAUGUGAACUUGCACAUCAAUGCAUAUCGCAUUUUGACGGUACUGGGUUUAGAUUUUACGCACCAUCAGCAUGGCAAGGUAAUAUAUAAACGAUGCAAGUACAC